GAUAGUUUAAGAAAAGGGGAGCGGCUGUUGGAACCGGUUCUUUUGGACACUAAAUAAUGUAUUUGGAUCUCUUCCUUAGUCUCUGAAGAUGGAAGAAGAGGUCCAUCGCCUGCAUGCCUGAUGGUGUGAUGUCAGCUAUCCUAUAAAAGGGCAUCCUGUACUUUCAGCCACAGAUCAAGGCAACCAUGCUAAAGCCAAGCGGACUUAAAAUUCCUGGGCGUGCUGGGAAGCACUCCAGCCCCGUGGGACGACCUGGGGGGACAGCGACUACCGCAGCCACCACAACCACCACUGUCACGAAAGAAGGCUCACCAUUGCACAAACAGGGUUCCGCCUCUUCAGUUGCUGCUGAGAAGCCCCCGGGGUCAAAGGUCGCUGAGGUGGGCGAUGACUUCCUGGGAGACUUCGUGGUGGGCGAACGUGUCUGGGUGAAUGGAGUGAAGCCAGGAGUGAUCCAGUAUCUGGGAGAGACCCAGUUUGCCCCUGGACAGUGGGCAGGGGUAGUUCUGGAUGACCCGGUCGGGAAGAAUGACGGUUCCGUGGGUGGCGUGCGCUACUUUGAAUGCCAGCCGCUGCAGGGGAUUUUCACACGGCCCUCCAAGUUGACCCGUCAGCCCACGGCGGAGGGCUCAGGGAGCGAUGCUCACUCUGUGGAGUCUCUGACUGCUCAGAACUUGUCUCUCCACUCGGGGACCUCCACGCCACCUCUCUCCACCCGCGUCAUUCCCUUGAGGGAGAGCGUCCUCAACAGCACCAUGAAGACAGGGAACGAAUCUGGAUCGAAUCUGUCGGACAGUGGGUCAGUGAAGAAAGGGGAUAAAGAUUUCCGGCUUGGAGACCGAGUUCUUGUUGGCGGAACUAAAACGGGUGUUGUGCGCUAUGUGGGGGAGACGGAUUUUGCCAAAGGAGAGUGGUGCGGAGUGGAGCUGGAUGAACCGUUGGGGAAGAAUGACGGCGCCGUGGCAGGAACAAGAUAUUUUCAGUGUCCACCCAAGUUCGGCCUCUUUGCUCCUAUUCACAAGGUGAUCCGGAUUGGCUUCCCAUCCACCAGCCCGGCCAAAGCCAAGAAGAGCAAGAGGCUGGCCAUGGGGGUCUCGGCCUUGACCCACAGCCCCAGCAGUUCCUCCAUCAGCUCAGUCAGUUCCGUAGCCUCCUCUGUCGGGGGACGACCCAGCCGAAGCGGAUUACUGACCGAGACCUCUUCUCGCUACGCCCGGAAGAUCUCCGGCACAACAGCUUUGCAAGAGGCUCUGAAGGAGAAGCAACAGCACAUCGAGCAGUUGCUGGCGGAGCGGGACCUGGAACGAGCGGAGGUUGCCAAGGCAACCAGCCGCAUCUGCGAAGUGGAGAAGGAGAUCGCUAUCCUGAAAGCCCAGCAUGAGCAGUACAUUGCUGAAGCAGAGGGGAAUUUGCAGCGAGCACGAACUCUGCUUGACGGAGCUCAGAAGGAGAAAGUUGAGUUGCUGAACCAGUUGGAAGAGGAGAAAAGGAAGGUAGAAGACCUACAAUUCCGUGUAGAGGAAGAGUCCAUUACAAAGGGAGACUUGGAGUUGACCACAGUAGCAGAACAAUCAAAAAUCCUCCAACUCGAAGAAGAACUGAACUUAACGAAAAGCGAAGUGGAGGAACUGAGGCAGUGCCUCAAGAACUCUCACCAACUAGAUUCUCCAGACCACAGUCUCGGCCUGCAGUCAGAAGCCCUCCGCUUACGAGACCAGCUGCUUUCUGCUAAUAAAGAGCAUCAAAAAGAGAGCAUCCAGCUAAAGGAGAAGUAUGAAAAAACAUUGAAGAAACAUCAACAAGAGGUUGAGAAACUGAAAGCGCUCAAUGAGAAAUAUUCUCAGGAAAUUGUGGACCUCAAGCAGAAAGUUCAGCAAGCCACCAAUGAGAAUAUGGGGUUGAUGGACAACUGGAAGUCCAAACUGGACACUUUAGCAUCGGACCACCAGAAGUCCUUGGAGGAUCUCAAGGCAACCUUGAACACGGGUCCUGACUCCCAGCACAAGGAGAUUGUGGAGUUGAAGGCUGUAGUAGAGAGCAUCAAGAUGGAGCACCAGUUGGAACUCGAGAACCUCAAAGCCAAGCAUGACAUUGAGACCGCGGUUCACAUUAAAGAAAAGGAAAGCCUGAAGCUGAAGCUGCAAGAAGCCAAGGAUGAGCUUGAGGAAAGCAGCAACAAUUGGAGGGUGCAGCUGGAAACCAAAGCCAACCAGCACCACCUUGAGCUUCAAGACCUCAAGGAGAAGUGUCGAGAUGCAGAUUUCCGAGUGCACGAACUGGAGAAGUUGCAUGGUGACUACAAGGAUCAAGCGCAAGCCAUUGAGUUCUUGAAAGAGCAGAUUUCUCUGGCUGAGAAAAAGAUGCUGGACUAUGAGACGCUGCAGAAUACCGAAGCCCAGAGUAAGCAAGAGAUCCAGAGGCUGCAGGAGAAAGUCCUCGUGUUGGAAAACAAAUUACAGUCCAUGGAGACGCUACAUCCUUCUCAACAUGCCAAUAUGAUCGAAACAAAUGACAUUUCAGAGGAAAAGAUCAAGAUGAAGCAGAUGAUGGAAGAUCUCCAGGACAAGUUUAGCAAAAAAGACAAAGAGGUUUCAUCACUCGUCUCCCAGACAGACACUCUAAGGGCCCAAGUAAGUGCACUGGAAAACAGAUGCAAAAGUACGGAGAAGAAGGCAGACUCUCUCUUGAAAGAGAAGAAGAGGCUGGAAUCAGAACUGGAAACCGUGUCCAAGAAAACCCACGAUGCUUCUGGACAGCUGGUCUUGAUCAGCCAGGAGCUACUCAAAAAAGAAAGAAGCCUCAAUGAACUGCGUGCUUUGCUCUUGGAAGCCAACAGACAUUCGCCUGGGCCCGAGCGGGACUUGAGCCGCGAAGUACAUAAAGCUGAAUGGCGGCUGAAGGAGCAGAAGCUCAAAGAUGACAUCAAAGGGCUGAGGGAGAAACUGAUUAUUCUGGAUAAAGAGAAAUCUGUAACGGAUCAGAGGCGAUAUUCUCUGAUAGACCCUUCGUCGGAGUCGGAGGUUCUCCGGUUGCAGCAUCGCCUGGUCACUACCGAGGAUGUCCUGCGAAACGCCUUGGAGCAGGGCCAGCAGAUGGAGAAGCUCAUGGAGGCGAUGAGGACUUGUCCUGAAAAAACACAGACUAUAGGAAAUUCCGGCUCUGCAAAUGGGAUCCAUCAACAGGAUAAAUCUCACAAGCAGGAGGAGAAGCACUGAUAGAGGUGAAGAGGACUGUAUGACACUAGGAUCUGCUCCUGGAAAUGGGCCAGACAAGAGAUGCCUUUCCCAAUCCCAUUCCCAGCUUUAGCGCCACCUGAAGGCCAUUUACCAGUAUUUCCGCUCUAAGAGCACAACUGCGCUUCUCGCAUCUAUUCAUGGGCGUGAACAGGGAAGAGUUUUCCUGCCAACAGUUCAGAUUUUCCAAGCUAAGCAUUGUUGCGGAAGAAGCACUACAGUGGUUGUAUCUCUGUUUUAAUUUCUCCUCCAGUAUUGCCUUGAGCUUUUAGCAGCAUUCAACGACUGUGGUGGUAGCGUGGGUUAGCUCUGCCCAUUCACGGGGACAGCUUGCUACAUCACUCAAGGGAGACGUGUUGUUCCGGCUGCCUGUUGGAAAUAUUGGUGGCUGCUUAGUUGAUCCCCGAGACACUUGAGUAUCUAAGGAUUGGCAUGUGGCAUUUAAUUCCUCCCUCAGCAUCCUCCUUCUGGAAGCGCUCCCUUCCCUUUCUUUGCUUGGUUGUGCCACAGAGACCUUUGGUGCACAGCCAUUGACUGCAUUGGCCAACUCGGUUCUUAGAUAUCCACUAGACAUUAUCCAGAGGGGAAAAAGGCGUCUUAAGACUUCUGAAUGUGGAGUUCUAAUCAUAUAAUGUGUGACUACAGAUUUUCUGGUGGACUUUCUCUAACUUAUUUUAACUUAACUUAGUAACUAUUAAGUCAUUGGUUAUUUGGAGUUUACAAAAUGGCAGUGGAUUCUUUCUUGCCAGUGCCCGUAAAAAAGACUCCCUUGGUCUGUUCGGAAAUCUUUUAAACUCAUCCAUACCAAGGUCCUAAAGCAAAAGCAGAGAUGUAUGUCUUGCUGUGAUGGAGUUAUAUGCCCAGCAAAGUUCUGAAGGUGUUUGGGAUCUUCUAUCCCUGUGACUUUCAUUUAAUUCACCAAGUUUGAAGUUCUGAAGUGACCUCAUAUGUUAAUUUUUCUAAUGCAGAGAUUAAUCUCCAAAUAAGGAAGAACGUUUGCUUUUCUAACCUAUGAAUGGGGUGUGGGUGUGCGUGUGUUUUCUUCCUAUUACAGGUUACAGAGAUUUGAGAGAGACGUGUUUUUGGUGUGUGUCCCAAAAUGCCUGCCUUUUCUGAAAUGGAGGUUAACCUCAGAGGGCUUUUCCACACCAGCUUUUUUGAUGCAGCUCAGCUUAUUAGCAGCAUUGAAUUUUUGCCUCCCAUAUAGACAGUGUUGUUUGCUGGCUGUUGCUCUCUUGGGUCCCCCCGCCCCGAGUUUUCCCCCCAAAUAAGAAAAAAAAGAGAGAGAGAGGAAUGAAUAGCAAAGGAUAUUGUCUGUAAGGGAGGAGAAAAGUCAACACAGUUAAAAAGCCAAGUUGCAUCAAAAACCUGACGUAGAAAAGCCCAGUAUUGGAAAUGGUUAAAUCUAUGAAGUGGAGUUGAGCAGAGAGCAAAAUCGUUGAGAAGAGAUCUCUGAGACAAAACUUUCUGUUUCGCUGUUUACUAAUUGUGGCUGGAACAGAACUCCCACUAGUUCUGGGUGAAUAUUUGUACCUCCUUUUGGUAGUACCUUUUUCCUGGCUGUCUUAAGUUGGCUUUUUUCAUACCCUAAUGGAAGUCUGGCAAAAGAACAGUGGAAUGAGAUAACCGUUAACAACACUGAUGUCGAAAAUAAGAGAAACUUACUUCCAUGAUUGCCGUUUUGGGGGGUGGGAAGGCAAAGGGCCGUAGGAUCAGAGGAGUGGAAACUUAUCCUGCAGUUUGACCUAAUGCCAGUCUCAUGAUCCAGGCAAAAGGGAAGAAGGGCUCCUAACAAUUCGACCACAGGUUAGUGCGUUUCUGCCCAUUCUGGUGGUCUUAAGGUUCCCAUCCCUACACAUUUUUGCCAAUUGAAAGUGCCAGUUUCCAGAUUUCAUAUUCAGAUCUGAUAACACCCAGCAGGAAGGGCAGUUUUGAUUGGCAAAACGGUGUGAGGUUUGGAAUCCAUUCUCCCCUUGGCAUUGCUGGAACUUUAAUCAACGUCAUGCGCAGCUGCUAUGGCCCUUUUACAAGAUCUAAUCACCAAACUCCACAAUUCAUCUCGUCUGCAGCUAUUGUUCCCCGCCCCGCACCUUUUGCACAAUCUUAUUUUAGUAUUCUGGGUAUGUGAUAGGCCCCUAAAACCAUUUUAUGCUUGCUUUUUUGUGUGUGUGCUUGUGUGUCUGUAUUCCUGAUCCAGCUUCGCUUUCUGUAAUGAAAUUAUAUUGAGUUCUAACUGACCUCCAGGUUCCCUUGCAUCUUUCUGGGAAAUGUUCCCUGCCUUGCCCGGCAUUCUGGAUCUGCUUCCCUUUGAUACAGCUGAUGACGGAGAUUGGUGGAGAAAGAAACGGGCUUUCUUCCCAGGUGAUGUAGCCCUGGAGCUCUUUCUCUGUAGAAUAAAACUUGAACAAUAGAUACAGUUUUGGGGGGUUGGGGGGGAUCCAGCUGUUGUUUCCUUUGUUUGAUCAUUGGCCACCCACCAAAUUCCUACCAAACCUUUGCACAGCCUGACGUAUAAGCUAGAGAAAGAUUGGUACCAUUUUUACUUUGUGACUUCAUGAUGAAUAAAGGAAAUGGAUAUAGAUAUAGAUAUAUAUAAAGCCUUGCUUCUUAGACAAUAACCAAGAUUGGAUCUUUUUAGCCCCCACCCCACCCCCACCCCAAGCCAAGAUUCUGAUGGACAUCAAAUCAAACUGACUGUUGAAAUACAAGAAUAUCAGUCGAAGAAUGAACAGAAACCGCUGUAAAUGGACUGUGGUUCUUUCUGACCCUUCCAUUGUUAAUACUUCUCAACAGAUUGCUCUAAGCUUUGCCUUUGGGCAGAGAAAGGCGGCCAGCCUCUUCCCAUUAAGUGCCGAGGGACUCUAUCCCUUGGGCAGCAGUCCCAAUGGCUUCUCAUUCCUCGCCCCGCAUUCCUGUAAAGACACGGGAAUAGCUAUCAUGCUGAUCCCAUUGAUCGGUCCUUGAAAGUUUUCUUUCCAAAACUAGUUCAGAACUGAUCCACCAUGAAAAAAAGCACUUGAAGAUGGGCUAAAUAGCUUUCUGACCUACAAUCACAGUUCAAAGAAUUUUCAUACCAUCGACCCAUCUGGGGUGGACGUAUCCUCUUCCCAAGCGGGAAGAGGUGGUACCCUAAACAAGUUGGUAGAUGUGAAAAGGAGAUGCUAUUCCUCCCCCCUCCAUUGUACGGUUUGGGGCUGAUAGAAGAGGAUUUGGUGUUGUUGGGAUCCUGAUCUCACCAUGCGGCAAAAAAAAUCCAAGCAAAAAUCUAAGCAACCAAACUGUUGGGGUCAAGAGAAGCUUACAAACCUUUGGCUGCAAGGUGAGAUCUUGAAGUUCAGGCUCAGCUUCGCAACACAAAAGCCCAAACAAAUUAGACCACAAGUUUAUUAUUAUCAUGAUUAUUUACAAGUUGCAAAUAGAUGAGUGACACCGAUUACCCCGUAUGGACUCCCCUCCCACCCCUUUUGGCUCCUGGUAAAUAUGCAUGUCGAUUUCACCUGAAAACAAGAGCAAGAUACCAAUAAAACUGUCUUAUCAGAAAAUCCAAUGUUAAUGGCAGCUUUCGAGCAGUUCAACACUUAAUCUUGUAUGGAUCUAUUAAUCCACUAAACAAACAAAUCCAGCUUAUAGGGUAAGCUGAUAAUAGAUGUUUUUUUAAAAAAGAUAACCUUUUACCCAUGUGGUAUGUAUUCCAAUUUUGUAGUUUUAGUCACUUUUUUGGCUAUCAAAUUUUGUUAGAGAAAGAAAAUUGGUUUGACAGCUAAUGUCUUAUUUUGUUAUGGGCUUAAAUUUUCUGUUUCCUUGUUUCCUCUGUACAAAAGCUUUACAGACGGGAGUCUAUUAAGUGUAACUACUUCUACAGAAUAUGUAUUCAUGUAUCACAGGCCCUAAAACUGGCUUUCUGAAGUGUGGUGAACUCAUACUAAACCAAUAAAAACUUGUGGUGGAAGAGAA